AUGGAGAAAAGAAAGAGACUUUUCAUCUAUCUUCUUUUCGCGGCUCAGCUGUGUCUGAGCACGCCACAAGUCCUCAGAAUCGGUGGUAUUUUUGAGACACGGGAAAGUGAGCUAGUGAGUAUGGAUGAGCUGGCUUUUAAGUUUGCUGUAAAUAACAUAAACCGCAACAAGACCCUGAUGCCCAACACAACGCUCACCUACGACAUUCAGAGGAUCAACCUCUUUGAUGGCUUUGAGGCUUCCAGGAGAGUAUGUGACCAGCUAGCACUCGGGGUGGUUGCUGUGUUCGGCCCCUCUCACAGCUCCUCAGUCAGUGCUGUUCAGUCCAUCUGCAAUGCUCUGGAAGUCCCUCACAUACAGACCCGCUGGAAACACCCGUCAGUGGACAACAAAGACACCUUCUUCAUCAACCUGUUUCCCGAGUACACCGCCAUUGCUCGGGCUAUCCUGGACGUAGUCACCUUCUUCAAAUGGAGGAAGCUUACGGUGGUCUAUGAGGACAGUACAGGUCUGAUGCGGAUGCAGGAGUUAAUUAAGGCUCCGGCAAAGUUAAACUUGAAGAUCAAGAUCCGCCAGCUGACCCCAGGUAACCAAGAUGCCCGGCCAAUCCUUAAGGAACUGAAGAAAGACAAGGAGUUUUUUAUUCUCUUUGAUUGCUCCUAUCGCAUGGCUGCAGAGCUCCUUAAGCAGCUUUCAUCAAUGGGAAUGAUGACCGAGUACUACCAUUUCUUCUUCACGACUUUGGAUUUGUUUGCCUUGGAUUUGGAGCCGUACCGCUACAGCGGGGUCAACAUGACAGGAUUCAGACUGCUGAACAUAGAUGACCCAUGGGUGGGCUCCACUAUGGACAAAUGGGCCAUGGAAAGACUGCAGGGUCCCAAACAGGAGAGUGGCCUGAUGGAUGGAGUCAUGACUACAGACGCAGCCUUGAUGUAUGAUGCAGUGUUCAUGGUUGCUGUUGCAUCCCAGCGGGCCACUCAGAUGACCGUCAGCUCCCUGCAGUGUCACCGCCAUAAACCCUGGCGCUUCGGGCCGCGCUUCAUGAACCUCUUCAAAGAGGCACAGUGGGAUGGACUGACAGGGCACAUUGUUCUUAAUAAGACAGAUGGCCUGAGGAGAGACUUUGAUUUGGACAUCAUCAGCCUCAAAGAGGACGGCACUGCCAGGGGUAUAAGGGAGGCCGGAAGUCGCCUUACAAAAAGGUGGAUCAAGAUUGCCGUGUGGAACUCGUACAGGGGGAUGAGCCUGAUGGAGUCCCACCGAGACAAGAAUAACAAUGUGACAGACUCUCUCGCUAACAGGACUCUUAUUGUCACCACAAUAUUGGAAAAUCCCUAUGUGAUGCAUAGAAAGUCAGACAAAGAGCUGGUUGGAAAUGAUCGCUUUGAGGGCUACUGCCUGGACCUCUUGAAAGAGCUCUCCAACAUCUUGGGUUUUACGUAUGAAGUCAGACUGGUGGCUGAUGGGAAAUACGGAGCCCAGAAUGACAAAGGAGAGUGGAACGGGAUGGUCAGGGAGCUUAUCGACCAUGUAGCAGACCUUGCUGUGGCUCCCUUGACCAUCACCUAUGUUAGGGAGAAGUCCAUCGACUUCUCCAAGCCCUUCAUGACCUUAGGCAUCAGCAUCUUGUACCGCAAACCUAACGGCACCAACCCAGGCGUGUUUUCCUUCCUUAAUCCCCUGUCUCCAGACAUCUGGAUGUACGUGCUGCUAGCCUGCACAGGAGUCAGCUGUGUCCUCUUUGUGAUUGCAAGGUUUACUCCAUAUGAGUGGUACAACCCACAUCCGUGCAACCCGUCCUCGACUUUAAUACAGAACAAUUUCACUUUACUCAACAGUUUCUGGUUUGGUGUUGGAGCACUCAUGCGGCAAGGCUCGGAGCUAAUGCCUAAGGCUCUGUCCACUCGUAUAGUUGGUGGUAUCUGGUGGUUCUUUACGUUAAUCAUCAUCUCCUCCUAUACGGCCAACUUGGCUGCUUUCCUCACUGUGGAACGAAUGGACGCGCCCAUUGACUCGGCAGACGACCUGGCAAAGCAGACGAGGAUUGAAUAUGGUGCAGUGAGGGAUGGAUCCACCAUGACCUUCUUCAAGAAAUCAAAAAUCUCCACCUAUGAGAAGAUGUGGGCAUUCAUGAGCAGCAGGAAGAACACUGCGUUGGUUAAGAACAAUAAGGAAGGUAUCACCCGGGUCCUGACGACAGACUACGCCAUGCUGAUGGAGUCCACCAGCAUCGAGUACAUCAGCCAGAGAAACUGUAACCUCACACAGAUCGGAGGUCUCAUAGACUCCAAGGGCUAUGGAGUGGGAACACCCAUAGGCUCUCCAUACAGGGAUAAAGUGACUAUUGCCAUUCUUCAGCUGCAAGAGGAGGGGAAGCUGCACAUGAUGAAGGAGAAAUGGUGGAGAGGCAAUGGCUGUCCAGAGGAGGACAACAAGGAGGCCAAUGCUCUGGGUGUAGAAAACAUCGGUGGUAUCUUCAUUGUCCUGGCUGCUGGUCUGGUGCUCUCUGUGUUUGUGGCUAUUGGCGAGUUCAUCUACAAGGCCCGCAGGAAUGCUGACAUAGAAGAGUGUGUGUCUUUUAGAGCAGUAAUGGAGGAGCUGGGUAUCUCCCUGCAGUGUUACAAAGGCAUCAGGAGGAGGUCGCGACCCCACAGCGGAGCAAGGUCAGCUUGCAUCUUCUGUCAACCCAAACAUACUACAAAGAGGGAAGCAGUGAGACGGGACUCCAGCACUUGA